ACGCACACACAUGAUGCAGCAGAGGAGGGGUGAGACCCUAUGACCACAACACAGCCUGUGGAUUAUAAGGGGCUAUCUCACUUGAACCCAGAAGCACUUUGCCCUGAACAUCGGAGAGCGCCGAGAUGGGGAGAAGGCGGUUUUCAGGUUUGGAAAUAGCCCUAAUGGUCAUGUUUGCAUUGAUGUCAGUGGCAGCCAUCACUCUCAUAGUCCUGUUUGUCACCGGAGAACCUGGGGUCAUUGAAGAUGGAACCACUGAAGAAUUCGUUCCUCAGUGUCCCACGAUCCCUGUUGCUGAAAGAGUAGACUGUUUCCCAGAUGCUGGAGCCUCAAUGCUGCAAUGUGAGAAGCGUGGCUGUUGCUGGAGCCCACUGGACGAGAGAAAUGCUCCCUGGUGUUUCUUCUCUACCAACCAUGGGUACACAGUGGAAUCAGUGGAGCACCCGAACCCUAACGCGAUGACAGCCCAACUGAAGAGAAUGGCUUCUCCUUCCUUAUUUGGGGCUGAUAUACACGAGCUGUCAUUUCACGCAGAAAUGCAGUCAAACAAUCGCCUUCGAUUUAAGAUCUAUGAUGCCCAGAAAAAGAGGUUUGAAGUCCCCCAUGAGCACAUCAGCAGCCUCACCACUGACCCCUCCAGCCCCAUCGGCAACACACUGGAGAUGACACACAAACCCUUUGGUCUCGUUGUGCGCAGGAAGGAGAACAAAAAAGUAUUAUUUGACACAACGAUGGCUCCACUGGUGUUUGCAGACCAGUACCUGCAGAUAUCUGCCAGGCUUCCAUCCCAUAAUAUUUAUGGCUUGGGAGAGCAUGUGCAUCAACAGUAUCUCCAUAACACAAACUGGAAAACGUGGCCCAUCUUCACCAGGGACGCUUUCCCUAACGGCGGGACACACAACCUCUAUGGACACUAUCCCUUCUUCCUCUGUCUGGAAGAUGAAAGUGGGAAGUCGUUUGGGGUCUUUCUCAUGAACAGCAAUGCUAUGGAUGUGACUUUGCAGCCCGCUCCAGCGGUUACUUACAGGACAAUUGGGGGAGUCCUUGACUUCUAUAUUCUUUUCGGAGAUACGCCGGAACAAGUCGUCCAGGAGUUUCUUGAGCUGGUUGGCAGGCCAGUCAUUCCUCCCUACUGGUCCCUGGGUUUCCAGCUUUCUCGGUGGGACUAUGGCAGCCUGAGUGAGGUCAAGACUACAGUCGAGAGGAAUCGUGCCGUGUCCCUUCCAUAUGACAUUCAGUACACUGACAUUGACUACAUGGAGGAUAAGAAAGAUUUCACGUAUGACAAAGUCAAAUUCAGCGAGCUGCCUCAGUUUGCCGACUACCUUCACGCAAAGGGUCAGAGAUAUAUCCUCAUCCUGGAUCCCGCCAUAGCUAUCAGCAAGAGAGUAGGGAAUUUAACAUACGAGUCCUAUGACCGGGGGACGGAGAAGAAGGCAUGGAUCACUGAAUCAGAUGGGAAAACUCCACUCGUAGGAGAGGUGUGGCCAGGAGACACCGUCUUUCCAGACUACACCAGCCAACAAUGCAUCGACUGGUGGGUGGACGAGUACGUACGAUUCUCCAACGAGAUCAAACAUGAUGCCCUCUGGAUCGACAUGAAUGAGGUGGCUAGUUUCAAGAAAGGCUCGAAUAAGGGCUGCGCUGAUAACAACCUCAACUACCCUCCCUACACUCCAAAGAUUCUGGAUGAGGUGAUGUACAGUAAGACUCUAUGUAUGGAUGCCAAGCAGGCCUGGGGGAACCACUAUGAUGUCCACAGUCUGUAUGGCUAUUCUAUGGUGCUGGCUACUGAAAAAGCUCUGCAGAGCGUGUUUAGAGGAAACCGUACCCUGAUGUUGACCCGAUCCUCCUUUCCAGGGGUGGGGAAAUAUUCGGGUCACUGGCUAGGGGACAAUGGUGCCAACUGGAACGACAUAAAAUGGGCCAUCCCCGGCAUGCUGGAGUUUGGGCUCUUUGGGAUUCCCUAUAUCGGAGCUGACAUCUGUGGGUUCUUUGACGACACCACUGAGGAGUUGUGUCGUCGCUGGAUGCAGGUGGGAGCUUUCUAUCCCUUCAGCCGGAACCACAACGCUCAGGGCUACAAGCCCCAGGACCCAGCAGCGUUUGGUCCCGACUCCACACUGCUGAAGAGCUCCAUACAUUACUUGAGGAUACGUUACACACUUCUGCCUUACCUCUACACACUCUUCUACAAAGCCCACACUACAGGGGACACAGUUGUACGUCCUGUCAUGCACGAAUUCUACUCUGACAGUGCCAGCUGGAAAGUGGACCAGCAGUUCCUCUGGGGAAAAUACCUGCUCAUCACACCUGUACUACAUCCGGGUACGGACACGGUGCUCGCAUACAUCCCGGAUGCUGUGUGGUACGACUAUGACACGAUGCAGCAAGUGGUCGACCGCGGGACGUUUAUCAACAUGAAUCUUCCAGCUGACAAGCUCGGGUUACACAUCAGAGGUGGCGCCAUCCUCCCAACUCAGAGGCCUGAUGUCACUACAACAUACAGUCGGCGGCACCCCAUGGGUUUGAUCGUGGCUCUCGAUGACAACGGCCAGGCAGCGGGGGAGCUCUUCUGGGAUGAUGGAGACUCCAGAGAAACAGUCAAGACAGGAAACUACAUCCACUACAGCUUUUCUGUUGUCAAUGGGGUGCUGACGAUGCAGGUUAUACACAACGGAUAUGACAACCCAGACAACCUCGUGUUUGAAAAUAUCACCGUCCUCGGUGUUCCUCAACGUCCCAUCUCCGUCUCUGUGACCCACGUCAGCAGCGGACUGCCUUCAAACUCCACUGUGCCAACCUCCAACAUACAGUACGAUACAGCAAAGAUGGUUAUGUUCCUGAAAAACCUCUCCCUGGCACUCGGGGAGACCUAUCUUGUUGAAUGGAAGCUGGUGGCUGGGGAGAAACAGCGGUUUGACUGCCAUCCAGAGGAGGGAGGAGAUGAGGCCAAGUGCAAGGCCAGAGGCUGCAUGUGGGAGCCGAGCACCAUAGAACGUGCUCCAUGGUGCUUCUAUCCAAUGGACCACGGCUACGCUGUUACGGCAGUAGAGAACGUCAACUCCGGCAUCACGGUUGACAUCACUCGCAACCUGAAGUACAGGAGCAGUGGUCGCCCGGGGUCACCAGACAUUGACACGCUCCGUGUUAAGAUCUGGUACCACAGCAGCAACUUGCUGCAGUUCAAGAUCUGGGACCCAUCCACGGAGCGCUACGAGGUCCCGGUGCCGCUGUCGCUUCCUCCUACUCCAGAGACCGACGAGAGCAAGAGGCUUUACAAGGUUGAAGUCACCAACAACCCAUUCGGGAUCCAGGUCAUAAGGAAAAGCACAGGAACUAAGAUUUGGGACUCCUCUGUGCCAGGUUUUACGUUCUCAGACAUGUUCAUACAAGUGUCCACUCGACUGUCAUCCGAGUACGUGUACGGCUUUGGAGAGACGGAGCAUCCCACGUACAAGCACAACCUCAACUACCACACCUGGGGUAUGUUCGCCAAGGACCAGCCUCCUGGUUACAAGAUGAAUUGCUACGGAGUGCAUCCCUUCUAUAUGGGUCUUGAGACCACUGCUGAUGCUCACGGUGUGCUGCUACUAAACAGCAAUGCCAUGGAUGUGAGUUUCCAGCCUACUCCUGCUUUAACCUACCGGACAGUUGGAGGCAUCCUGGACUUCUUUAUGGUCCUGGGACCUACGCCUGAGAUGGUGGUGCAGGAGUACACUGCUCUUAUUGGACGACCUGUUCUACCUGCCUAUUGGUCCCUUGGAUUCCAACUCUGUCGCUAUGGUUACGCCAAUGAUAAGGAGAUAGCUGAUCUAUACAAAGAUAUGAGGGCAGCAGGCAUACCCUAUGAUGUGCAGUAUGGAGACAUUGACUACAUGGAACGUCAGCUGGACUUUGUUCUGAACCCUAAGUUUGAUGGACUUCCCGCCCUAGUUGACGAAAUGAGAGGAGAGGGCAUGAGGUUCAUUUUCAUUCUGGAUCCAGCCAUCUCUGGGAAUGAGACAAGUUACCCUGCCUUUGAGAGGGGAAUAGCAAGCAAUGUUUUCAUCAAAUGGCCCCAACACCUCGGUGAUGGAAUUGUUUGGGGGAAGGUCUGGCCAGAUUACCCCAAUGUCACAGUAGAUGAGUCUCUGGACUGGGAUACCCAAGUCGAGCUAUACAGGUCGUACGCCGCGUUCCCAGACUUCUUCCGUCAAACCACAGCAGAAUGGUGGCAAAUGGAAAUAAAGGAUUUCUAUGAUAAAAUAAAGUUCGAUGGCAUCUGGAUUGACAUGAAUGAGCCGGCCAGUUUUGUCCACGGCACAGUUGGAGAGAAAUGUCUUGGUAAUCCACUUCUCGAGAACCCUCCAUAUAUGCCACCCCUGGAGUCUAAACAUCGUGGCUUAAACCACAAAACUCUGUGCAUGAACAGCGAGCAGAUACUCAGUGACGGAAAAAAGGUCAGGCACUACGACGUGCACAACAUUUAUGGCUGGUCCCACACAAAGCCCACCUACAACGCCCUGCUGAGUGUGACGGGUAAACGAGGCAUAGUGGUGACCAGGUCCACUUAUCCGUCCAGUGGAAAAUGGGCUGGACAUUGGCUGGGAGACAACUAUUCAAGCUGGGACCAGCUAUACAAAUCCAUUAUAGGCAUGAUGGAGUUCAGUCUGUUCGGCAUUUCUUACACUGGGGCCGACAUUUGUGGGUUCUUCAACGCUGCCGAGUAUGAGAUGUGUCUUCGCUGGAUGCAGCUGGGAGCCUUCUAUCCGUACUCACGAAACCACAAUGGCAAGGGUAACGAGAGGCAGGAUCCUGUCGCUUGGGGUCCUGAAUUCUCUAAUGCGUCCCGGGACGUCCUGAACAUCCGUUACAGCCUGCUGCCCUACCUGUACACGCUGAUGUAUGAGGCUCAUGUCAAAGGAAGCACAGUGGUCCGACCACUCUUGCACGAGUUUGUGAAUGAUAAAGCCACGUGGGACAUCUACAAGCAGUUCCUCUGGGGACCGGCCCUUCUCAUAACCCCUGCUCUUGACCCGGGAGUCACGAGCGUGAAUGGCUAUGUUCCUGACGCACGCUGGUACGACUUCCACACGGCCAAGGACGUUGGAUUGCGCCGCUCUAUGCUCAGCAUGCCCACACCUUUGGAACAUAUCAACCUUCAUAUCCGGGGUGGAUAUAUCUUACCUUUGCAGAAACCAGAGAACACAACAUUUUACAGUCGGAAGAAUCCUUUAGGACUGAUCGUUGCCCUUGACGACACCGGAGCUGCCAGCGGAUCGUUUUUCUGGGAUGAUGGAGAAGGGAUAGACACAGUGGAGAAAAAAGAAUAUCUACUGACCUCCUUCACGGCAGCAUCCAACACACUCACCAGUGAGGUCAUCCAUAACCAGCUACUCUUUGGUGGCCUGAUCCUGGGCCAGGUGAAGGUUUGGGGAGCGGGCCGCGUUAGAAUCCCGGAGGUAACCCUGACGGACGGGUCUGGAACACCACGCACACUGAAGCCUACCCACAACCUCGACACUCAGGAGCUGAUAAUCGAUGCUACUCCACUGUCUGUUCCUGUGGAUCAGAUAUUUACCAUCACAUGGAAGACCAGCAUCUAAUCAACAGAGUACAGUGCUUUUACCUGAUAGCCAAUACACCUGGUCCAUUGUCACAAUGUAUGAUGCAAUGAUGUGUCAACAUUAAAUCACUUUAACACGCAUUUCUUGCAGUACAUGUCAAG